AUGCUGCCGCUGCUGCCGCUGCUGCUGCUGUGCGCCCCGGGGCUGAGCCUGCCCUCGGGGGGGCCCCCGGCCGACACCGCGGUGGUCACCCCCCUCCGCCUGGACCCCGACAUCAACGGGCGGCCUUACUUCAGGCGGGGGCCCGCCGAGCCCCCCCGGGGAGGGCAAGCGGUGGUUUUCCAGCUCUCGGCUUUCGGGGAGGAUUUCUACCUCCACCUCUCCCCCGACGCCCACUUCAUCGCGCCCGCCUUCGCCGCCCAGUACCUGGGGGGCGCGCCCGGCGCCGCCCGCCCCCUCCCCGGCCUCCGCCACUGCUUUUAUUCGGGGGAUGUCAACGCCGACCGGGAGUCUUUCGCCGCCCUCAGCCUUUGCGGGGGGCUCCGGGGGGCUUUCGGCUACCGUGGAGCCGAGUAUGUCAUCAGCCCGCUGGCGGGGGGGGCGGCCGGCGGAGCCCACCGCCUGCAGCGCCGCAGCCCCGGCCGCCCCGUCGGGGCCGGAGCAUCCCGCUGCGCCGUGGGCUCCGGGCUCACCCCCGGGGUGCUGCAGGCGCUGGACAAGUACCGGGGGCGUGGGGGGGGGAAAGGGGGUCGGGCCAAGCGCUUCGCCUCGGUCCCGCGUUACGUGGAGACCUUGGUGGUGGCCGACGAGUCGAUGGUGAAGUUCCACGGGGAUGACCUCCAGCACUACCUGCUCACCCUGAUGGCCACGGCCGCCCGCCUCUACAAGCACCCCAGCAUCCGUAACCCCAUCCAGAUCUCCGUGGUCAAGUUCCUCCUCAUCGGGCAGGAUGACAAGGGGCCCAAGGUCACCGGCAACGCCGCCCUCACCCUCCGCAACUUCUGCGCCUGGCAGAAGAAGUGGAACAAGGUCAGCGACAAGCACCCCGAGUACUGGGACACCGCCAUCCUCUUCACCAAGCAGGACCUGUGCGGUGCCACCACCUGCGACACGCUGGGGAUGGCGGACGUGGGCACCAUGUGUGACCCCAAGCGCAGCUGCUCCGUCAUCGAGGACGACGGGCUGCCCUCGGCUUUCACCACCGCCCACGAGCUGGGCCACGUCUUCAACAUGCCCCAUGACAACGUGAAGGCCUGCGAGGAGGUCUUCGGUCGGCUGAAGACCAACCACAUGAUGUCACCCACCCUCAUCCAGAUCGACCGCGCCAACCCCUGGUCAGCCUGCAGCGCUGCCAUCAUCACCGACUUCCUCGACAGCGGCCAUGGAGACUGCUUGCUGGACCAGCCGGCGAAACCCAUCCCGCUGCCCGAAGACCUGCCGGGGACGAGCUACAGCCUGAACCAGCAGUGCGAGCUGGCCUUCGGCGUGGGCUCCAAGCCCUGCCCGUACAUGCAGUACUGCGCCAAGCUGUGGUGCACAGGCAAGGCGCGCGGGCAGAUCGUCUGCCAGACCCGUCACUUCCCCUGGGCGGACGGCACCGGCUGCGGCGAGGGGCGCUUCUGCCUGAAGGGUGCCUGCGUUGAGAGGCAUAACAUCAGUAAGUACAGGGUGGAUGGCGGCUGGGCGAAGUGGGCACCCUACGGGCAGUGCUCGCGGACGUGUGGCGGUGGGGUGCAGCUGGCCAAGCGGGAGUGCACCGACCCGGUGCCUGCCAACGGGGGCUCCUACUGCGAGGGUGUCCGCGUCAAGUACCGUUCCUGCAACCUGGACCCCUGCUCUGCUGCAGUGCCAGGAAAGAGCUUCCGCGAGGAGCAAUGUGAGGCUUUCAAUGGCUACAGCCACAGCACCAAUCGCCUCACCGCCUCCGUCUCCUGGGUCCCCAAAUACUCCGGCAUCUCGCCCCGGGAUAAAUGCAAGCUCAUCUGCCGGGCUAACGGCACCGGCUACUUCUACGUGCUGGCACCCAAGGUUGUGGACGGCACCCCUUGCUCCCCAGACUCCACUUCGGUCUGCGUCCAGGGCAAAUGCAUCAAAGCAGGCUGUGACGGGAAGCUGGGCUCCAAGAAGAAGUUCGACAAAUGCAGCGUCUGUGGAGGAGACAACAAGAGCUGCAAGAAGGUCUCAGGCUUGUUCACCAAACCCAUGCAUGGCUACAACUUUGUGGUGGUCAUCCCCGCGGGCGCCUCCAAUAUUGACAUCAGGCAGCGGGGCUACAAAGGGCUGAUCAGUGACGACAACUACCUGGCGCUGAAGAAUGGGCAGGGCAAGUACCUGCUGAACGGCCACUUCAUCGUCUCAGCCGUGGAGAGGGACCUGAUGGUGAAGGGCAGUGUCCUGCGGUACAGCGGCACCGGCACCGCCGUCGAGAGCCUCCAAGCCUUCAAGCCCAUCCAGGAACCUCUGACUUUGGAGGUGCUCUCCGUGGGGAAGAUGACCCCUCCUCGGGUACGCUACUCCUUCUACCUCCCCAAGGAGAGCAAGGAGGACAAGUCCUCCUACAAGAAGGAGGGCAAGACCCCACCGGACCUCAACAACAGCGUCCUCAGACUGUCCAACCGCUUGGACAGUGGGAGACCGAGCUACAAGCGUCCUUCCUACAAGUGGGCGGCGGGCGGCUGGGAAGCUUGCUCCGUCACCUGCGGCGAUGGGUUGCAGAAGCGUUCGGUGGCUUGUCGCGACUCCUACGGCCAACCGGCUGCAGAGUGCGAUGCGGCACAGCGGCCGGCUGAUGUCCGGCUGUGUGGGGAGCCCUGCCCGGUGUGGGAAGCUGGACCUUGGUCUCCCUGCUCCAAGAGCUGUGGUCGGGGUUUCAAGAGACGGGUGCUGAAGUGCACGGUCCCAACCGGGCGCCCGCUGCCCCGGGAGAGUUGCAAUUUUCGGAGGAAGCCACAGGAGCUGGAUUUUUGCACCUUGAGGCCGUGCUGAGCGGGUCAAGGGGUGUCUGCGAGGAAGGGCAUGGUGUUCCUCUGGCUGGAUGUGGCCGAGUGGCAGCCAGGGCUUGGGAGAGGGGGAGAUGUCCAUAGCACAUAUCAAACAGGGGGAAAAAAAAAAAAGAAAAAAUGGGAAAAAAGGGGACCUGGGUGUGGGGACAGAGCACGCACACCCCAUGUGCCCGGGAGAGGGGGAUUUUACCAACCAGGUCGCUCGCAGACAGAGCGGGAACGAACAUCUACCUCGAAGCCGCCAAACGACGCGGAAACUCACCGGCGGAGGCUGGGAGUCAGGGGGGGACGGAUGGAAACGAGGGGGAUCACUGCCCGGGAUGGAUCCAAGGACAGGCAGGGAGAUGCCCCUAAAUUGCACAGUUGAAGCCUCCCCCAUCUUCCCAGGGCCAAGCCUACCUCCCCCCUCCCCGGACUCCCCCAACACUCGUGCUAAAUGGGACCAAAAGGUUUUUACCAAUGCAACGACGGCAAAAUUAUACUGUCCAACUACCGGCGCGACGACGUGCUGGGGCUCAUAGGGACUGAUGCCUGCAGGGCUUGCUGGCGAUGACUUUGCAGCCCCGGGUGGUCUGGAGAGCCCCAGCAGCAUCCCUGGGCCAGGCUGGAAGGUGGUGGCUUUAUUUUUGUUUUCUCCUCAUGUUUAUGACCUGACCAGUGUAGAUUUUAUGGUGCUUAACUCUUUAUUUUUUUAACCUCCUUCCUCCCACCCCGAUGGAUGUAAACCUUGCGUAGCGGGGAUGGUGUUAUUCCCAGCGGGCUCUCUCACCUUUCCUAUGGUGCUUUGGGAUGGGGCUGUGCCGGCAUCCAGCGGGUAGCUGGAUGCUCCUUUACACCCGCGUCCAGGGCAGGUUAUAAACCGCCUGCCUGAAGUUUUUCAGGGCUACAGGGGUUCACUAUGGACCUGAGAUCUGAGCUGUCAUUCCAAAAAAAGCAACUGUACUGUAGUAUGCGGCACGGUGCCAUACGGGGCAGACGCAGCCCCGCCAGUCGCCGGUACUUGACUCCGCUCUGGAAAUGGUGCUCGCUGCUUAAUGGGACCAGUAUGCCAUGCCCAGACAUCCCACCGCCCUCUGCCCUCCAACCUUUGGGCUGGGUUGGGUGAUUUUUUUCUCUGCGUUAAGCCCCCCAGAGAUAAUCCUGAGCUGAACUCUGGCAGAGCUGGGGAGACUUCCCCAGCAUCACUUUUGAGCUGCGGGAGCAGAAGGUAAAUUUGGGGUCUUGGGCUUUCCUGGGGCAAAGGAGCUCAGCGGGGUUCAGGCAUGUGGGGAGAAAGGGGGGGUUGAGCCUCUUGCUGCUUCCCCCCCAGGGUUUUGUGCAAGGGUUUAUUUGGUACCUCUGAUGGUUACAUAGCAUUGUGCCCAUUGUGGUCGGAGGCUCUCUUUCCUCACACACCGCCCUCUUCUCAACGACCCUUUAAUGCAUCAUUUAGGUCUCUUGCUCAGAUCCUACCAUCAGAGACCAUUUCACUUUUUGCUUUUCCACUGAUGAAGGUGCCCCUUAAUUAGCUGGGACCAUGAGCAAGCCAGAGUCUCUGGGUCGCGCUAUGCCAUUACUGGGAUCAGCAGAAAGGGUCUAUAGGGAUGAUACACAGAUUACGUGUAGGCAGAAGAUGCUGUCUCGGCAGCUAGAGGCUUGGAGCCUACCUUGCUUGCUCGGUCCCAUGCAGGUAUAGCAUGGAAACUCCUCGUGCCCUUUGGUCUGCUCCGAAAGGUCUUCAGCUGUGGGCAAGGUGAGAAAGAUCACAAGAAACAGGACAGCAGCAGCACAAGGGUUUCCUUGCUAGACCUUUCCACCAGCUUAGCAAACUCCUCGUGACAAUGUUUCUGGACCCAUCCUCCCUGGAUUUAUGUAAUGCCUUUUUCAACACAAGAAUAUUUUGUGUCUCCACGCUGCUCGAUAGAGCCAGGAGCAGAUGUUGUGGUUGCUCUGCAUAGCAGGGGACAGGAUUUAAUGUUUUGGGAAAUCCCUUCCAGGUCUCCAUUCCCAUGAAGGUAUCAUCCAUUUUCGGAGGGUUUUCCUGCGUAGCCGAGCCCACCGUGCUUUCGUUUGGGGGCACGGCUCUGAGGAGCUGCCCUUUUGUGUCUUGCCAUCCAAGAGAUGGUUUCCAAGCCACCGAGAAAUCGUCACCCUAGUUCGUGGGGAGGGGAAGGAUGGGGCAGGAGGGAUUUCUUGUGUUGCGGUUCUUUUGCCGAAUGUGCAGCAAAAGGACGGAGAUGCCGAUCGUACUGGCUGCUUUGUGUAUACCAUGUAUACUAAACAUCGAUCUCUGCUGUUUGUGCGUCAAUAGCAAACCUGAAAUAAAACUGUAUUUAAAGUUA